CAGGCUCCGUCGGGAUGGCCAUGUUUGGCGUAUCGAAGUUGGAGGCGUAUGAAGAACUGAUAGCCCCAACCAUCCUGGAGGGUGUGUGCCCGAUGUACAAUUUCUUCGAUGCAGUUGGAGGCUUGGACUUGAAGGAGCUCUUUAGGUUCGAGAAGCCUCACUUCCGCGAGCUGCUGCACGAGCUGCAGCUCCCUGAGGAGAUCGAAUUUCACAGGGGAGGAUUUCGAGUUUCCACGGUUCCUAUCGACCUUGCGCUGGCGGUGACGAAUUGGCGCCUGGCAUGUCCGACGACGCUGAUCCGGGACCGGCUCUUUUGGGGGAGAGCGGAACAGAUGAUAUGCGAGAUCUUCAACCUUACCAUCGAAGCGAUCUUUGAUCGCUAGGGUCACCUGGUAAACGAGCU